AUGAGGUCGCGAGGUUGGUCCAAAGGUGCGGGCUACGAGGGUGGGUCCAAAGGUGCGGGCUACGAGGGUGGGUCCAAAGGUGCGGGCUAUGAGGAUGGGUCCAAAGGUGCGGGCUAUGAGGGUGGGUCCAAAGGUGCGGGCUAUGAGGGUGGGUCCAAAGGUGCGGGCUACGAGGGUGGGUCCAAAGGUGCGGGCUACGAGGGUGGGUCCAAAGGUGCGGGCUACGAGGGUGGGUCCAAAGGUGCGGGCUACGGGGGUGGGUCCAAAGGUGCGGGCUAUGAGGGUGGGUCCAAAGGUGCGGGCUACGAGGGUGGGUCCAAAGGUGCGGGCUACGAGGGUGGGUCCAAAGGUGCGGGCUACGAGGGUGGGUCCAAAGGUGCGGGCUACGAGGGUGGGUCCAAAGGUGCGGGCUACGGGGGUGGGUCCAAAGGUGCGGGCUACGAGGGUGGGUCCAAAGGUGCGGGCUACGAGGGUGGGUCCAAAGGUGCGGGCUACGAGGGUGGGUCCAAAGGUGCGGGCUACGAGGGUGGGUCCAAAGGUGCGGGCUACGGGGGUGGGUCCACGGAACGAGCCAAGGCACGCCAGGAACGAGCCAAGGCACGCCAGGAACGAGCCAAGGCACGCCAGGAACGAGCCAAGGCACGCCAGGAACGAGCCAAGGCACGCCAGGAACGAGCCAAGGCACGCCAGGAACGAGCCAAGGCACGCCAGGAACGAGCCAAGGCACGCCAGGAACGAGCCAAGGCACGCCAGGAACGAGCCAAGAUAAAACCCAGUCAUCUCGACCGCUAUAAGAAUACGGUAGAGUAUAGUGAGAAGGGUGGAUGCGAGUGUGAGAGUAAUCUUGGUGGGAUGAGAGCUGGUGGAUGCCGAGGGCUUAACAAAUCUACUUUACAAACUGGGAAAGGCGUCGAUUAUCUUCCGUCUAACGACCCCGGGCCCGUAACGACCCGUAUGCUGCUGUAA